AUACCAUCAACAAACUCAAAACUCAUCAAAUCAAAUUCAAACCAAUUUCUCUCUUUAUUUUUCAACAACCAAAAAAAACUCAAGAAAAAAAGAAAAAAGAAAAAAUCAAAAUGGCUUGUAAUUGGUCACCUGAAAAUGCUACCAAGGCAUACAUUAGAACUCUUAAAAUGGAAACAAAAGAAACCGAACCGAACGCGGCCGAGUUCAUUUCCGCUCUAGCGGCCGGUAACAACGCACAAGUGAUGGUCGCGGCGUGUGCCCAAAAAAUGGUAACACCAAAUUUAUUAGCCCUAGUGUCCGCGGCCCACCAAACCGGAGGUCACGUGACAUGCAUUGUCCCGGGACGUGAAGAGUUACAGUCCUCGAAACGUGCACUUAAGUCUGAUUCAAAAUACGUCAACUUUGUAAUUGGUGACGCGGGUCAAUUGUUACUUAAUGAGUACAAAGACGCGGACUUUUUCCUAGUGGAUUGUAACCUUAAGAACUACGAGGGUAUUAUGAGAGGGAUGCACGCGAUGAGGAGAGAGAAAAACGGUGUUAUAUUAGGGUGUAACGCGUUUUGUAAGGGAUCUACGUGGCAAUGGAGCGGUCUAAGGACACAUUUGUUACCUAUUGGUGAUGGUUUAUUGGUGACCCGAUUUGGUGGUGAAAAUGGUAGGGAUGUUCGGGCCGGGUCAAAAGGCGUGAUUAAGAAGAGUAAUUGGAUUGUUAAGGUUGAUAAAUGUACUGGUGAAGAACAUGUUUUUAGAGUUAGAUCACCAAGGAAAUUAGAGAUUGCUGCUGGAUUAUAGUCUUGUUUUAAUUAAUAUUAUUAAUUAGGAUGAAAGUUUUGAUCAAUUUUUAAAGUGGUUGAUGAAUUCCACUUCAAAUAUUCUAUAGUGUAAAUAUAUGUAAUGUAAGUAAUCUUUUCAAUCCAAGAUCUAAAACAAUUGGAGUACUCAAUUUUGUUCA